AUGUUUGCGCAGGAAAAGAAGAUCACCAAGCUUUGGAUCGACAAGGAGUGCAUCUACCAGAGGAAGGAAGACCAGGCGCUGUACCCGAAAGACAGAGAUCUUGGUGUCUUGGUUAGCAAGACUAUGUUUUCGAUGGCAGACGAAACCGACACCGACGAUGCGCACUUCUCAGUAAAUUUCUCGUGGCAAAAAUUCGACAUAAUAAAAGUGCAAAUGCUUAUCCUCAAGAUCCUUAGCGACCAGCGGUGGUCACGCGGCUGGAUAUUCCAGGAAGAUCAUCUCGCGUCUUCCGAUAUGACGCUUCUCAUACCCUAUGAAUGUUCUCUCCACGUACGCCUCAGUUCCGGCUUUGAACACCUCCCUGGUAAUCUCCAGGUCAAUGUGAAAAAGUUUAGGGAGGCAGUGACCAUGUUCUGUCUUGCCAGCAAGGAAGACGAGAAUAGCUGGCCCACCUCAGAGAUUUUGAGCAAAGCAAAGCAAUACAAGAUUUGGAACAAGAGAGCAUACAGGCGCUUCGGAAAGGAACAAGACAGAGAUUCCGUUCACCUUUGGAGUGACAAGGGCUGGAAAGACAACGUCGGUGGUGGUACGAUCAACCAAUGGAAAAACCAUCAAAACAUCGCGUUCUACCCUACUAUGACAAACAGUGUAUUAGCGGACAUUUGCAGCCGAUCACUGGAGAAUGAAGAAGACCGCGUCGCAAUACUGGCAAAUUCGCUGCGCUUCCCAAACCGUCUCGACACUAGCCCAGCAUCACCAAUCGUGAAACCAGGAGAGUACAGUCUCUCAGUUGCCAUGCUUGCUCAAAUUCUUAUCAACGGUGAGAUCAUCAAGACCCAUGACUACGGCCAUCACUUUACAGUUGGAGAGCUUAUGCAAGAAACAUUACAGUCAUAUCUUCGAAGAUGCGAGUACCACUUCACAGCACCGAGCCUCAGGUUGGAGCAAAGCUUUAUCCAGCGUUGCCGCCUGAGAUCGCCGACCAUUACACAUCGCGGCAUUGAAACAAAGGGGUUUCUGUUCAGGAUAUUGCCUUACGAGCCCGACAAGCAUGGCACUACACCCAAUCCACUCCAACUCAGCAAGAAGGACCGAGCCAGGCUUCGAGACGUAUCACGCGACGAAAGCGCAACGAGCAUACCAAAAGGACGCAAACUAGACCUCGUCGCCCACGAAGCCAUCCACAUGGUCGCCGACAAGCUCGCCCAAAUCUGGCCGUCCUGCAGACUCGCGCGCUUCCUCCGCAAACACCUGCAACGCGAUCUCGACCGAGCAGCAGACACACCGCGUUCGACGUCAUGCGUCCUCGACAUGAUGUCCGCAGUCUACCAAGCGCUCCGCGACGGCCGCAGGCUCAGUCUUGCAUGUCCCGCCCGCGACCCCACGGCCACCGAUCCAGCCGCCAUAUUCAUCGAUCCGCACUGGCGAACACGAUAUCUCGACAUCUCCCCUGGCAUGCAUCCCAGCGAUCGGGUGCCGUUGGUGUUUACGAGCUGGGACGCGCCGAGCAGCGAGUACGACCGGGAACGGAUAGCGAGUCUGGAGGUCGCUGUGUUUGACAGGACGGGGGCGCGGAUCGGAUCUGCGGAGCAUCGGGAGGGCUGUUUUCUGCGUAGUUAUGGCUGGGCGAAUGGGGUGUUUGAUUUCCGCGGACAGAGGCUCGAGACGUAUUGUUUCCCGCUGCCGGGGAUUACGGAAGGACCUGAUUUGAGCACGGGUGGGAAGAAGAGGAAGAAGAGGAAGUUGGGGUAG